ACAGCAGCAUCGGCCUCGGAGAGGCGCCACAAGAAGGUGGCCUCACGACCCCUCUGCUGCCUCUUCCCCAGGCUCCAAGGCUGGGAAAACAACCUGUAUAGGGGUGGGUGGGGCGUGUGGUUGGCACUCAGCCCUUCUCCUGGGGCUCCUUUGAGCUCCACUCACAGCAGGGAGGGAGCAGGAGGGAGAGAACCAGAGGCUCUAACAGCUUGGACUCUGGGGUAUGGGGAGGGAAUCUUCCUUUAGUUGAAGGACACGCCCUCUGAUGGAGAAGGGGAACUCCCUUCCUCCUGUGGCUGCCUGCCUGCGGUGGUCCUGGUAGGGCAGCGUGAAUGCUCAGGCUGUCGCAGCUGCUGUGGCCCCAGAAAGAAAGAGCCCCAGAGCCAAAGCAGAGAGAGCGUCAGUCACUGAGAGAGAGGGCGGGAGCCAGCUCGGGGCUCCCAGGGAAGCACUGCAGCACAGUGACAGUGACAAACACAGCAGAGGACGCCAAGCGCAUUCCCUUCUCCUCAGAGGGAGGCAGGCACGGCCCUCAGCCUGCAAGCUCUAAGCCGUGAAAACACCCUUCACCAGCAGCCGCUGAGCCAUGGCUGAAGGGGAAGUCAGCACGUUCACAGCCCUGACCGAGAGGUUUAACCUGCCUCUGGAGAAUUACAAGAAGCCCAAACUUCUCUACUGCAGCAAUGGGGGCCACUUUCUGAGGAUCCUUCCAGAUGGUACAGUGGACGGGACGAGGGACAAGAGCGACCAGCACAUUCAGCUGCAGCUCAGUGCGGAAAGCGUGGGGGAGGUGUACAUAAAGAGCACCGGGAGUGGCCAGUACUUGGCCAUGGACUCCGACGGGCUUUUGUACGGCUCACAAACACCAAAUGAGGAGUGUUUGUUCCUGGAAAGGCUGGAGGAAAACCAUUACAACACCUACACGUCCAAGAAGAACGCAGAAAAGAAUUGGUUCGUGGGGCUCAAGAAGAACGGAAGCUGCAAGCGUGGCCCCCGGACUCACUACGGCCAGAAAGCAAUCUUGUUUCUCCCCCUGCCAGUCAACUCUGAUUAAAGAGGUCUGCUCUGGACGCCAACCACUCCAGAGGGGUCCUCACCAGCUGACCCCAGGUUGUUCCUUUGACCAUUGGCUGCGCUACCCCCUGGCCCAAGAGCCUGAAUUUGUAUGCAACACACUUCUAAAAUUCCCAGUUCAUUUUCUUGCAGAGCUCUUUACCCCACACAGUUUGGAACGGAGGGGACCAAAUUGCUUCGAGGGGCCAAUUGGCUGGCUGGUCAGGGUCUGCUUUGGAGGUGCGGUUGCCUCUGGGCACGUGCUGCAGGCUGGGCCUCUCAAUGCACAGGUGGGGCCAAAGGAAGUGUGUUCAUUGGCUGCUGAGUGGGUCAUCACUAAGGGCAAUUGAUUCCCUCUACUGAGUAAACCCUGCCCGCAAUUCCGCAGUUCCCCCAAACAUCCGCUGUGACUCCCUUUUGUCCUUUGGAUGCCCCACAAACAUUAGCAGGAAAGCUUACGGCUAGGUCAGCGGGAGGCAGCUUUCCACAGCAGAAACAGGGACAAAGAAAGCCUUCCUCAAGAACGGAAGGGAUUAAAACGGCAAGGGGACACUUCUGGCAGGUGGCUUAGAAGGAUGGGAUCUCAGUGUGGCAUCAGCGAGGGAAUAGGAAGCUCGGGCACAAGAAAGCAGAAUAAAUGCCAAGCCAUGGAAGUCCUUAUGAGGCCUUGACCUUAAAGUUAUCGGACAACAGGAAGCCCCUGGAUGAUGUCAGGUGGACAGCAGGAGAAGUGGGGUUUUGAUCAAGGACACUGGAUGUUGGUGAACUCAUCUGGGUCCAGGACGUGGCCGUGGGGGCGAUGAGAAGGGAAGGGAAACACGGGCUGAGGGGUCCUUGUCUUCUGUACCAGGUGGGUCUAGAAGUGAGAGUGAAAGAGAGAGGGACGCCCUGAGCUGAGCCUGGCCACCAGGACACGAAGGCCUUUGGGUGCUAGGUCGGUGCUGACAGACCACACGGGGGAGUGUGUUGGGAUGUGGAUUCUGGUCCCGUGGGUCUGGGGUGCAGCCGCGACAUUUCUAGCUCCCAGGCACUGUGGAUGCUGCUGCUGUCCCCCACCAUUCUUUCAGUGGAGGUCUGAUGGGUGGUGGCCAGGUGCGGGGGGCUCAGCCCUCCCACCCGCCCCUCCCCCUCACCCCCCCCCUCAUCCCCCAGAACAGCAGCCCUGGGGCAGCAUCGCCGCAUCACGCCUGUGCCCAGGUGCUGCAGCCUGUGGCCUGUAGAACACCCAUUUGGAAGAUAAACAAAAGCAAACUAAAAAAAUGUUAAACCCUCACAAACAGCUUUUCCCAAGAGGCCAUUUGUGUUACGAUCACUUGUAUAAAUAUGCUUCCUGCUUAAAGUAAACUUGACCCAAGUGGCUAGCAAAUUAGAAACACCAUUCAUCUUUGACAUGUGAUACUGUUACCCUACGAAGGUGUUUAAUAAGCCAUUUAAAUUUACUGUGAGACUGUAUGUUUGAAUCACAUUAAAGAAUAUAUAGCUCAAAGGCAGUUAAACUGAUUAGCAUGUAGCCACUGAGAAUAUUAGGAUACAAUGUAUAAGCUACUCAGUUAUCUACUACUUGUACUACAUUUACCUGUAAAAUGAGAUUUUUCUUUGUUUUCCACUGUGCUGUUAGAAAUUUUUUCUUUGAAAAUGGAGAUUUUUAAGUAAUGAUAUGAUCACUGUGGAUAAAAACUGAUAAGAGUGUUAGUUCAUGUUUUAUAAGGAAAUGAAGUUAUUAUUCACUGAAAAACAAUUCCUAGUUAAGCUGUCAUAGUGAGAAUGGAAGAAAAAUGACAACUGGUGAAAGUUCGAGGCAAUGGUGGGACUGAGGAACUGAACCAAGUUAACAUGACUGUGAAUAAUACCAUCUUGCAUUUGUUUCUACAGCAAAAUGAUUUCACAACUUUUUUUGUAACUUGGGUAAGACAAUUCUAUUUUACAUUCAUAAAUCUUUGCAGACAAGUUAGAGAUAGUGCAGUGUGGCUUGACAUCUCUUUACUACAAAGAUUUGGCCAGAAAAAGGUACCCAGAGAGGAAAUCCAAGAUAUUUAUAAUGGUCCAUAAUUUUCAGUGCAUGGAUCAAAUUCAAGUAUAAUACCGGCCAAGAAAAUGUAAAUCCCAAUGCUAACAGAUGAGACAGAAACCUGUGGGCUCAGAGGCCCAGAGCCUUUUGGAAGAACCACUGCUGUGACCUCGGCACCCUCGUCCAGUCACCACUCAUGGACUCACCCUCGAGUAUUUAUGAAGUGCCUACUGUGUGUCCGGCACUGUCCUGGGCACUGGGGCCCCUGAGAAGCUUGUCUGUCUGGUGUGCUGCUGCAUUCGCUCCCAGGGCAUUAGAUGUAUGAAGAAAGAUGCUGUGGAUUCAUUUCUUUCAGUCGAGUGAAACCAGACUUUUGUAGGUUCCUGCUGAAUAAACAGCAGGUCCCAGAAACCCAGGUGUGGGAAGAAUUAGCAACCUCUGGCGUAAGACAAAAACCCCUCUCCACGUGUCAGAGGACAUGGCAAGGUUAGCCCAGCCUUGUCAACUGCAGAGCCAUGUCGGCUCACUUCCCGACCAGGAUGAGAGCCAGUCAGGUCUGGGAGGAAGGGAGCAGUCGGCAGCCCCCCACGCCGUUUGGAACAUGCCCCAGUUCCUUGAGCAUCCCUGUUGCUCUCUCUCAUCCUUGACUCAGUCUUGCAGCCCUCUGCCUGUCACGGGCCCCUCGUGUGGGGUCAUUUUCAGGCCGACUGGUACGAGGUGCCUGACGUUGUGUAUGAAACAUCAAGAAUGUGUUUGCUUUUGAUUAUUUUCAGUGUGCUGGUGGAGCCAGCGGUGACUUGUUUCCUCUGAAGGGAGGAUAAAGCCUCCUAUGGCCAACCGCGUGUACUUACAAAAACUGCUGGGGCAUCACAUGACACUGAAGGUCCGGUCCUUGCUUUGCAUCGGAGGUGACGGAGCCCAAGACCUCGGCCCUGUAGACAUGAUGCCUGAACCAGCCAAGCCCCUGGGCUGCAGAGCAGAACUCAGAUGAAGAAGACGCCUGUCAUUCCACAUCACUGUCUCUCUCUCUUUGUUUGCACUUCAUGAGUAUUAAUAAAUGUUCCAAUAGAUAAUA